CGAAAAUGACGUGCGUAUUGUUGAGGAGAGGAAUGGGUAUCCGUUGUAGAUCUAGAUGAUCGAUCUAUUCUCGCCUUGUAGCGAACGAUGAAAUGAUUCAUUGACAAUGAAUCUGAAAAAUAUUUUCAGAGACUUUAAUCCCAGUAAAUUUCUGGUGUUUACUAGCCUGCUGGUGUUUUCUCUCCUGUUUGCCCUACGACUGGACGACACUAUUCAGUGGAGUUAUUGGGUGGUGUUCCUACCUAUCUGGAUAUGGAAAUUGAUGGUUGUUCUCGGUGCUUUGACAGGAAGCUAUAUCUGGUGGAAACACCCCAACUACAGAGUGGAAGGAAACAAUUAUGUACAGUUUAAGGCGAUGGUAAUUUGUACUGGCAUGCAUCUCCUACUGCUGAUGUUCGAGAUCUUAGCCUGUGAUAAUCUCGAGUCACAACACAACAGACAUCCCUGGAUCCUGGUAUUCAUCCCUCUGAUGUGCAUGUCUGUCAUUUCCAUCGGGAUCUGUGUAUGGGCCGUUAAAAAUGACCGCUCUUUUGAGUUGGAGCUUUUCUCAUCAGUUAACAUUCUGCAAUUUAUUUUCUUCGCCCUGCGAUUGGACAACACAAUUGAUUGGAGUUGGGUGAUUGUUUUUAUCCCCAUCUGGAUUGUAAUGUGCACAGCUAUGAUUGGUGUACUGUAUGCGAUUAUCUUGGCAAUUAUCUUGGUCAAGUCUCCGGAUAUCAUUCCAGAACAGAGGCGAGGAAACAUCUCCUCUGCUAUUGGUUAUGCAUUUUUGGUGAUACCAUUACUUAUAUUUGAGAUAUUGUUGACGAAUCGCCUGGACGGAGACAAUCAUAUCAAGUACACUGCCAUAACUGUGCCUCUGUUUAUAUCCCUCCUCACUCUCAUCUGUCUGGCGUUUGGUGCUAAGGGAGGCAACUCCUGGUGGUUUGGUAUAAGAAAAGACUUUUGCCAGUUUUUACUGGGAGUGUGUCCAUUUUUACAAGAGUAUGGAAAUAUAUCGUACUCGCUCCAUAACGAUGAUACAGACCCAGAAGAGACCGUGGUUGAGACUGGGAAAAUAGACAUGUGUCCUUCUAAAAAACACCAUAUUUCUGAUCAACCGAAAGCAGUUGUACCUGUUAUAUCUAUAGAGACUCCAGAUUGAUUUUAGCGUAAAAGUAAAAUUAAUUCUCAUGUUACAAUUUCUCAUCGAUCAUCGAUUUGACAUUCAUUUCAUGAAAAAAAGUUGUUGACAAAGUGCAAAUACUUUACAUUUAUAAUCACUGAUGUGGUUUCAUAGUGGGUUUUUUAUGCUUUUCUUUUUCGCUCCACGUUUUCAAAUCACAAGGCAUUUUGUAAUUAAAAGCUGAAUAAUUAAUACUUCAUACCUUAUACAUGUAUAGGUCGUUUUUAUAAAGACCUUAACUAGGUAUUUUAUUAAUUUUUAUUACAACAUUGACAAAUCUUCUGUUCAUUUAUAUAGUGAGAAAAAAAAUCCACCAAAAGGACCUCAAACUUUCCCCCAAAAUACACAAUCAGAAAUUAUUUUCACAAAUUUAUACCGAAUAGGGCAAAUUAAUAUUACACAUGGCAUCAUAUUAUUAUGGCAUUAUUGUUUGUAGAAUGCAGUUUGGGUUUUUAGAUGAAAUUUAUUGUAAUUAAUUAAACAAAUUUCUGACCAAUGGUGAGAUAAUUUAGUUCACAGUGAUUUCCUUGGACAAUAUGCAUCAUUUGCUUAUAAGAAAAAAAUUAAUAUGUAGACAUUUUCUAUUAAGAAUAUCAUAAAAAUUACAGGCAACAAGAUACACAGGGCAAGAAAAAACCCAUAGGCUGAUGGCCCAGGGCCAGUAGGUUUGGUCUGUAGGCAAGUGAAAAUUGGUGACAAACUGCCCCGAAAAGCAAACAAAACAUUUCUUGUAAUCUUUACAUUUUCCUUAGUAUAAUUUAAGGAUAAGUUUAUGCUCUUUUAAUAUUCUACAUUAAGAUGUGUUGUUUUGAGAAUAUGUGUUUAUGUGAAUAUUAUUGAUGUGGCUGUCCGAAUGAGAUAUCAACUAGAACAUCGUAAUUUGAAAUAUUACUGUGCCAAAUUUCACUGGUCUGUCUCAGAAAUAAGUAUUAUAUAAUUAUCUAAGGAACUACCCAUCAUGUAUCCUGUCAUCCUCAUGGAUAUUUUACUAAGUUUUAGCAUUUAGUUAAACAUCAUGAAGUUGUGAUUAUUGCAUUUGAUUUUAAAUGUUUCCGAAUAAUUAUUCACAGCAUGCAUAUGACUUCACAGAUUAGAUGAUCAUGGUCACAGGUUAAUCAAUUUAGAUAUUGGAAAUUUUAUAUCUUGUUCUUUAUAUAUACACAAAUCUUAGUUUAUUAAUAUUUUUAAAAUAUUUAUCAAGAAUAAAAUGCUUCAAAUUUUUAAAGAAUGAAUACAUGUAUUUUCAUAGAAGUUGUCUUUCAAUGGUUAAACUUUAUGAAAUGGAAUAUAGAUACAUAUUUAUAUCAUGUUACAAGAAAUUCCUUAUUGUUACUUUUAAUUGAUAAGUAUAGAAAUAAAAAACAACUUUAUGGUUAUUUAGACAUAACUAUGACUAUGAAUUUUUCUCAGAGAAUGGAAAAAAGAAAGAAAAGAAAAAAAGGUCAGAUUAGGUCAGGAUGCUGAUAAUAUACCCCGGUAAGUCUUGCUACAGGGAACAAGAACUUUAAUCAUCUACACAAAACACUUUGGUGAAGCAAGGAUGUUUUGAAAUUGAAAGUUCAUUUCAGAAACAAAUUGUAAAACUAGUAAAGCAUGGUGUUCAUUGUUGUACAGGGUACAUAUGAUUGAUAUGUUCAUCAUUGUUCUUGUACGAGGGUACAUAUGAUUGAUAUGUUCAUCAUUAUUCUUGUACGGGGUACAUAUGAUUGAUAUGUUCAUCAUUGUUCUUGUACAGGGUACAUAUGAUUGAUAUGUUCAUCAUUGUUCUUGUACGGGGUACAUAUGAUUGAUAUGUUCAUCAUUGUUCUUGUACGGGGGUACAUAUGACUGAUAUGUUCAUCAUUAUUCUUGUACGGGGUACAUAUGAUUGAUAUGUUCAUCAUUGUUCUUGUACAGGGUACAUAUGAUUGAUAUGUUCAUCAUUGUUCUUGUACGGGGGUACAUAUGACUGAUAUGUUCAUCAUUGUUCUUGUACGGGGUACAUAUGAUUGAUAUGUUCAUCAUUGUUCUUGUACAGGGUACAUAUGAUUGAUAUGUUCAUCAUUGUUCUUGUAC